AUGCGAUCCAAAGCAUCAGGUCGUUCCAACGAUGGACGAACCAGCGCGAGUACAUCGAUGGCCCUUCCUCUGAGAACCUCCAGAAGUAAUUCCGUGCCUCCGACGCCGUCUUCCCACUUUAUAUCGUAUCUCGCUAAACACCCUCGAACCCCAACGCGCGAACUUUUACGGCCAUAUCUAACAUACGAAGCUCGGUUACGAGAAUUGUUUGCAAAGCAUGACCCCCAGGUUGACGAUCUAGCGAACCUAGUACCGGUCUAUGAUGGCCAAGAAAAUAUGUUCAAGAUUCGGACGAUAGAUCGCCAACUAGCUGAUGACGAUAAGUAUAUCAUGCCGUUGAAGGAUGAUCAACGAGAAGCCGAUGGAAGUCUGGCCAUCACUCCCUCAUUAGCUGAUUAUAGGGAUAACUUCGAUGGAUUCACACAUGCCAUCAACCCUGAGAUAGAUUGGUCCAACAUCGUGGUAGCCGGGUCAUCUGCGCUUCUCCCCCUUCUUUCUUACCGCAGAGACGUCCAUAUCGAGUAUGAUCACGCAAUAGAGAAUCCACUAGAGACCUACUACCAAACCACUGCAGGCUCAAGUGAUAUUGACAUAUUUCUCUACGGAUUGGAUAGCGAGGACGAAGCGGUCAGACGUAUUCUUGAAAUAGAAAACAUAAUUCGAAAGAACCAACGUUUAUUUACCGGCCAGGCCCUGUCUAUGCGCACGAAUAAUGCAAUCACAUUCAUUUCACCGAGAUACCCUUUUCGUCAUGUACAGAUUAUACUUAGGCUCUAUAAGUCUAUUAGUGAGAUCUUAACAGGUUUUGAUGUCGAUUGCGCUUGUGUUGCCUUCGACGGAACACAAGUGUACACCAAUCCGCGAGGGAUCACCGCCAUCACCACGCGUACUAAUACCAUCGAUCUCACCCGUCGCAGCCCAUCCUACGAAAAUCGAUUGUUUAAAUAUCGCAACCACAACUUCGAAGUAUACUGGGAUUCCCUCGACAGAUCACGAGUCAAGAAGAUUUAUGUCGACCCCGAUGAAAGUCCCCGUGAAUUAACAGGCCUGGCUCGAUUAAUUCUUUCCGAGCAAAGACUCCGGAAAUACAUUGACUCAUACCGGUUGAAACGAGCCCUUAAGAGGUAUGAUGACGGCGGAGAACCGGUCCUGACCGCGCCAAGUGGAUACGCCUCACACGAAAUCCCAUAUGGCGAGAAAUUUACAGCCCAGAGAGUUCGCCAGUAUGUCAUAGAACACGCCAAGGAGCCAUACAGGUUUGGGACUAUUCAUGAAGUCACAGGCCAACAAGCCAGCUCAAGUAAGAAGGGCAGGGGAAGACUAUCCCAGAAAGUCACGUUCAUUAAAGACAACCCUGGUCGCCAGAUGAUAGGGAGUUUUAACCCUAUCACGGAUGACGACUGGUUUGAAGAUUUUGACGGAACGGAAGAAGUUUUGAGAGAUUAUUUCUCACGCGACCCGGAACAACGCUUCGAACUCGAAAGGGCGAUUGGGUCCGGAAUGAACGGAAUAGCAUGGAGAAUCAAGUAUAAGGAACAAGUACAGGGGCAAACACGAACAAGGCGGUUAAUUCUGAAGGUAGAUCGCCCAAUAGAAGGUCGGGGGCAACAAGGAGAUAUACCUGCGAAUAACGCCUACGGUGGAGAAGACAACGAUGAAGAUGAAGCCAAUGAGAACAUUGACUACAAUGCCGAGGUGGACGGCAGGAUCCCGUAUACUUAUGACGACAACGCUCCUCAGCUUGUUAACGAGCGCAUUUAUCUUAAGAUGAUGCAAAAGGCCAUGCACGUUGUUAACCUUAUAGAACCACCUCACGACCCUUUUGCCAAAACAUUCCCAGAUGUCGACCCCCACGGCCUCAAAGGGUGGGUUUUCAUGGAAUACUUAGAAAAUGGAACCUUGCGCCAGUUUACAGACAACGUCUACGAUCUAUUAGACGGGCCGCUCCCGAAUAGGUUGUUAUGGAGACUAUUUCUGUGCUUAAUACGCGCGUGUAUUGCCAUGUCAUACCCGCCACAUGAAGGUCCGAUCGGAGGCGCAACCGAGCGCAUUAGGCCGGAUCGUCGUCCUAGGAGGAUAGAGCACGGCGAUAUGCAUGAUGAGAAUGUCAUGUUUGGCCCCAUGAUACCAGAUGGCGGCAUCGAACAUGCCCUAACUCCAAUUCUGAAGCUAAUUGACUUUGGAAGUGUGGAAGAGUUUCCAGAUGAAGAUGAGUUUGUUGAGAGAGGAGAAUCACGAAAUGUAUUUCAUAUGGGAGUUCUCAUGUGCCUACUAAUAUCACAAGAUAGCGACGAGACAACACUGGUAACAGAUGGUGGUAUUGCCGAGUAUAACGGGGAACUCGAUAUGGGAGAAGGCCAGCCAUCAAUCACAGUGGCCGCGGGGUUUCUGUGUCCGGACAAUCCUGACAAUGAAGACUACAGCCAUAUAGACUCAUUCUUGCUCGACCUCGUAUUACAGUGUACAGCGUGCCGCUGGCAAGACCGACCUCGUCUGGUAGAUCUCGAAAUCCUGGCUUACCAGGGUGUGACUGAGCGAACCCCACAAGCUUACGCUGAAGCCGGCUUAAAUGCCGAGGCUGAGAGCGAUGAGAAUAUUCGACGAAUUAUUCAGGAUAUGAUAUUUAAUGCUAGGACCUAGAUUAUCGUUCGUGGUCGAUAGACGUUUUCUGUAUAUUUUCUCGGAUGAUG